AUGAGUCGACCACGCAUUCCCGCUACGGUGCAGGCGCCUUUUCCGCUGGUGAUCCACAACACCAGUGUUGUCGCUGGGUUUGGCCGCGGCUCGGCCGAGAUGGGCAUUCCUACGGCCAAUGUGCCCGUGGACAACGAGCCCGAGUUGCAGAAGCUGGACACAGGGGUGUAUUUUGGCUUUGUGCGGCUGCUGAGGCCGGAACAAACGCCGCAGAAGAAGACUGUGCCUCGUUCGGACGGAAAGACCGAGGUCGAGUUCACGUACGGCGCCAAUCUGGCAGACAGCGAUUUCGAGGUGCUGCCCAUGGUGAUGUCGCUAGGCUGGAACCCGUUCUUCAAGAACAGCAAGAAGGCAUGCGAGCUGCAUAUUCUGCACGAGUUCAAGUCGACGUUCUACGGAUGCAGGCUGAAUUUCAACAUCCUGGGGUACGUGAGGCCCGAGCUGGAUUAUGUGUCGAUGGAGGCCCUAAUAAAGGACAUCCAGCUGGACAUCGAGACGGCCAGGAAGUAUCUGGCCACGCCAGAGUACGCUAAGUACGCAGAUGUAUAG